GCGGAAGGUCGACGUGCACCAAGUGGGAAGGACCUACCUACCUGGACGUGGGACGUGAUGGAGGGCGUACUGAGUACCUUGGUACCCGACAAGCAGCAGCGCAGCAGGAGCAGCAGCAGCGCAGCAGAAUGAGCAACCGCGCUCUUGCAUCUCCGAAAGAAAAAAGAGGCGGCAACAGCCCAGCCGGAGCCUCAGGUACAUCUCACUUUGUACCUUUUUUUCCAUGCCUCUUGCUGGUCGCCGCUGAUGCAUCCCAUACAAAGCUCCCCAUGCUAAUAUCCCGUCCACCCCAAUUCAACUCACUCACACGAACCCUUCCCCGAGUCUCCAAAUCCAUUCAUUCCUUCACAGGUAUUCCCGACACAACCCACGCGCGAAGCCCACGCAGACGCCGUCCCGUGAGAACAAGUCCCGAUAUCCUGCGAACAGCUUAAAGCCGAUAUAUUCACGGCUCGACUUCACUGCCACCUCCCCUGCUCUCCCACUUGCAACAUAUUCGUGCCCCCCUCCACUCCUCCCAAGAGAGUACGACAACGGCGCCGCGCGCAGUCGAGGGCUGUGGCUUCUUCCGCUGAUGAUGAAAAUACCGACACGCUCGGGAACCUGCUCGUGAUACCCCGAACUCUGCGACGGGGAAAAGGCACAUUCGACAUGGAGAGGAAGAGGAAGUUGCCCGCCAGGGCUGCGGCGCGUGUCGAACACGUCGCAAAGAAGCGCACCGUCACCCCUCCCGAGCCCCGAUCAGUCACGCCAGUCCCAGUACCAGUCGAAGAACCGCCACCGCCGCCCCCUUCGCUCCCAAAGUCCAUUCAGGCCGGAAAGCCGCUUCCGACCGUCGAGGAUGCCCAACCCGAUGACCUCCCCGCGAAGGAGUAUCAGUCAUUUCAAGAGAGUGGUGUUCUUGCCGAAUCGCUGAGCCGGUCGCGACAUAAAUGGCUGGCCGAGGGACUAUUCGAGAAGUACUGGACGAAACCUGGACGAAAGAAAAACGCAACCGAAGACCCCAAGAAUCCACCCAAAGAUACCAUGAGCAAGAUUGGGCCCUGCACAAUCACGAUCGAGCCGCACGUUUUCGAUGUUACGCUUUGGGCGAUCAAGGACCCCAAACCUCCCGCACCCACCACGCAAGCUACCUUUCGGCCCAUUUUGCAAUAUGGUCCUCCCAAUGGAGCUAUGCCCCCUCCACCUACUCCAGCAAAUCCGAACCCAAGUCCUGCCCUCGCUCCCAACGACGCGAAGCCGACGCCUUCCGCCCAGAGUCCGGCUCCUCCGUCACCUGCUCCUCAGCAGCCACCGUCCAGGCCGCCCUCCUCAGCUGCGAACGAGCCACCCAAAGUGAUGCCCUCGCCGCGCAAUUUGGAGCCUAUGCGGACUGCCAGUGCGACGCCGCCUCCGCCACGGCCGGUAGCUCCAUUGGUCCCGGCGGUUGCGGCACCAGUUCCAGCAGCAGCGCCUGGGACGCCAUCACAUCCCGUUGCUCCUUUGGCUGCGGCACCUUCAGCACCAAACUCACGACCAUCGAGCUCAACGCCGACACCAGCUCCGGGUGCCGCAAAACCGCCGGCGGCAAAACCACAAGGGACUGAUCCCAUUAUUAUGACGCUGGCCGAGAAGGCAUCUGAGGACCCUCAUCUACGAGACUUGAUGAAACGGGUCGCCGCUGGUGAAGCAAAGCCGGAUGAACUAAGCAACUUUCAAAAGAUCAUUGAUCAAAUCACGGCGGAGUAUAAGAGGAAAGGGGGCCAACAGGGUCCUUCAGCGGAUAGGCUAUUGGUCGACGGGAGGACAGUCAAGUACUUUGCCGAUGAGGUACGGACCAUUCUGGAUAUCGUACUCGCUACGAAUCCGAAGCAAAAGUCAUCGGAACUUCUGCCUCCGCGUGGAAGUGACCCUUUGGUUGUGGCCUUGGUGAGGGCGGCUCUGGAUGCGAAACCGUUGCAGAAUAUGAUCCGACGGAUAGCUGACAACAAACCUAACUUCACUGACACCACCGACCUCAAAGCGUCUCUCGACAAGUUGCACAAGGAGCUCAAGAGUGCGCAAAACACCCCUACGCCUCAAACCCCGACGACACAGGCUGCCAUUAACGGCACCGCGAACGGGCAUCCCGUCAAACCCGCGGCAGCUGCGCCUGCUGCUUCACCGGCUCCGACUCCAGCAGCCCCACAAAUACAGCAUCCCCCUCAGCAAGCCCUUCGGUCAAAGGGCCCUCCGCCACCUGCGAGGCCUGAGAUCUCAGGCGUCUGCCUCGACUUUGCUGGUGGAAAUGGCGAUCGCUACCUGUUUCCAAAAUACAGUAUUCUCGAGUAUCUGCCCGGCGGACAGCAGGCUAUCGCCUCGUUCCUCAUUGUUCGCAAGGGCAGCCAGCUAGAGUAUGGAGGCGAUGCCAAGCUCGAUUACUACCAGCCUGUCACCGUUCGGCUGUACGCUCAAUCAGCUCGUCACCUCGAGUACCUGCAGAGAGCAGUGGCGCCCCAGGAAGAAGUCAUGAGGUACAUGGACGAUGUGAUGGACAAUAUGACGAGGGCAGAAUACGUCCUUCUCGCCAUGCGCUUGCCACGUGGAGAGCAAGAACCCAACAGUGAGCAAAAUGGCAAAGAUACCCCGGGCCUGAGCGGCCAAAUAGUGAGACCAGAGUCAACAGCGCCAGAGCACCCGGCUCCCAAGCAGCAGUCAGUGCAAUGGGGACCUGUGACGUCCAAAUUCGUUCGGAGUUUCAACAAGAAAUGGUUUGAAGAGUGGAAGAGAACCGAAAAGACAGCGGGCAAAAAGCUCUCUUCGGCAGAUGAGGUGUUCCAAGAGUCCUGCGAGGCCGUUGGCCGCGAUCCUCUGGACAAGGACAUAGAAUACGAGAAGAUGAUUGAGCUCUUGGCGGCUAAGGACUCCGAGUCAUCAUCUUCUUGAACUCGACGCAGCUAGAAAGCGCACCAUGUAUUACCUAGACGACGCACCACAGCGAGCGACCGGCGGCCGGGGGCCUCGAGUGAGGAGAGUAGGUGUCGUACUGAGCAUUUGGGUCAGGUCCGUUUGUUCGCGUUGCAUAAGGCACGGGAUGGCCUUCUUUCCUCACUUUCGUUGUUGCUACUUUGUUGUUCACGUUACCUACUGUACAGAGCAAAGGGUUGGGAUCUGAUUCUGUUUUUGAUUGGGAAAAGGGGAUCGGAGUCGUCUAUCACAAGAAGAGAGUGCCUCUCCCCACAUACUAUUUUUCAUCUUUAUUCCAAUUCGGUGUUUGAGAGUGUUGAAAGGCCUCGGGCGUGAGGCUGGGAUGUGGUGUGGCUCGAAUCAUUUUUAUUAUUACCCCCAAAACCCCCGCUUCGAUGGAGUCGUGGGACGGAGGAGAGAGGCG